AUGGGCCGAAGAGGCAAAGCGGCAACGCUUUCCUUCGCCAGCCUGGCAUUGGUAGUUGCGGCGCCACUUGCCCUUGAACAUGUAAGGGCCUGGACACUGGAGGCUGCCAAAGUCCACCUCCAGGACGCGCAGGAGGAGAUCUCCAGCGCAACCCAAGACCUCACCAAGGAGCCGGUAACACCUGAAAGCAUCGCCGUGUGGAUGAAGGUGGUCGGAUCGGAGCUAUUACGGGGGGCAGCCGUGGUGGCAUUGCCAGCCCGGAUGUCGUUGCAGGGUACUUCGGCGGCCCUGCUGCUUCCAAUGUCGGCCACCUUAAUGCGCCAUGCCCGCAGUGCUCCGAACACCACAAUUGCGCAGGCAUGUCAGCUGCUUGAGGUGCAGUUUCCAUGCCCAGAGAUGCUGGUCGUGGAUUCCGAUCGGGUGGGACUUCAGACGCUCCCCCUGCUGCCUCCACGGCGCCAGUGGGCUGUAUUUGUCAGCCGCGCGCUGAUGGACAAAGCCAGCCAACCUCAGCUCCUGGCUCUGCUGCUGCGGGAGGCCUCUGAUCUUGGAGAACUCGGUAAUUGCCCGUGA